AUGGCAUCACGUGGACCGUCGUCGACGCCGCUGCCAAUCGCGAUAGCGAUGGCGGUCGUCGGAUUGUCAAUCGUGGCGAACGGUCUCUGCCCGACGCAGUGUCGCUGCGACGACGAGAGCCUGCGCGCUUCGUGCGCUUACGCUGGCCUCGAGGUUGUCCCUAUCCAACUGAAUCCAGAAAUCAAGCAUCUCGAUCUGUCGAACAACCGAGUCGGAAGUAUCCACCUGUCGUUCGGAUUUUACGGUAACCUGGAGACGCUGGAUCUCACCUCGAACAACAUCCACACCUUGGGCUCCGACAAUUUCGUCUUUCAAAAGAGCCUCGCCACUCUGAACGUGAGCAACAACGGGAUCCGUGCGUUGGCGAAGAACACGUUACAGGGUAUGGACACGCUCAGGGAGCUGAAUCUCGCUGGGAACAAUAUAUCCGACAUGGACGAGCAAGCGUUCAAGAGCACCAGCGAGCUAGAGGUCCUGAAUCUCAGCGAAAACACGAUCACAAGUCUGCCCCCUGGUUUGUUGCGUAAUCUGCACAAGAUCCGUACACUGAUCCUGAACAAGAACUCGUUGCUCGAGGUGCCCACCGACAAUUUAGCACUGGCGCCCAGUCUCGAGAACCUGGAUCUCUCGGACAAUUUGAUACAGGAGCUAGACAGGGACUCGUUACCCUCGUUGCCGUCCCUGGUCUCGUUGGAUCUGGCGAACAACGUGAUCCGUAAUAUCGCGGACGAUGCGUUCGAUCGUCUCCCAGACCUUCUCCACCUCGAUCUCUCGGGAAACAAUCUAACCUCCGUGCCCACCGCCUCUCUGGCCCGGCUGAACGUGCUCUCGCGACUGGUUCUCAGCAGGAAUCCUUUGGGCGACCUUAAGGUGGUCGGGUUUCGGAAUCUCUUCGAGCUGAGAUCGCUCGAGCUGAACGACUGCGCGAUAUACAGCGUGCACGCGCGUGCUUUCGCAGACAAUGUGAACCUCGAACGAAUCUCGUUGGACGGUAAUCGGGGGCUGAAGGAGCUACCCGCGAGGGUUCUCUACAGCGCACGGUAUCUGAAGUCCGUGUCGCUUCGCCACUGUAGCUUAUCCACUCUGCAGCCUACACAGUUCCCAGUGGACGGAUUGUCGUCUCUACGAGUUGGUGGGAAUCCCCUGGUCUGCAACUGCUCGGUCCACUGGCUGUGGAACGUGAUCCAGACGGAGGAACGACGGAACGGAUCGCGUCUAGAGCUGGACACCAGAGACAUCGUCUGUUCCGAUGAGGAGUUCGCUGGGAGACCGUUGAUGGCGCUGUCAGAGGGCUCGUUACGAUGUCGACUUAGCGCCCUCUAUCUGUCUUUAUCAGCGGCCGGCUGUCUGGCCGCGACUGCGACCAUAUUGGCCCUGAUCGUCCAUAUGACACGGUCCAAGAGGAAGAAACGUUUGGCGUAUGCAGCGCCCAAUCGUCCCGAGUUCCUGGUCUAUGUGGGUCGGAACAACGACGAGCUGGACAAGAACGCAGAGUCGUACAGUAGACGUCUGUUGGCCAGGAACGAAGACACCACCCCCUAUGACACCCCGCGCGGGAAGAUCGGCCAGAGAAGCCCCCAGUCACAGGACACGAACAUUUACGAGAUACCUAGGUACAACAGAGGGACUCGAAGUCGCGACACUGAGUCGUACCCCAGACAAACGGAGGAGGGUGUGUACGCUGUCGCGGACGUGACUGAUUUAAGGGACGAAUCGCCGGAAGUGUUGUCCCUGUAUCGGAUACAGAGCCCUGUACCGCCUAGAACGAACGUUCAUCGGCCGGCGUACGAUUACGAGUAUGAUUACGAUUAUGAUUACGAAGCUCCGUUACCCGAGAAACCUCACGUCGUGUUUGUUUGA